AUGCGCUGUGGACCUCUGUGCCGAUUCCUGUGGCUUUGGCCCUAUCUGUCCUACAUCGAAGCAGUGCCCAUCCGAAAAGUCCAGGAUGACACCAGAACCCUCAUCAAGACGAUUGUCACCAGGAUCAGUGACCUUUCACACACGCAGGCAGUCUCCCCCAAGCAAAGAGUCACUGGCUUGGAUUUCAUUCCUGGGCUCCACCCUGUCCUGAGUUUGUCCAAGAUGGACCAGACACUGGCGAUCCACCAACAGAUCCUCACCAGCCUGCCUCCCGGAAAUGUGAUCCAAAUAGCUAAUGACCUAGAGAAUCUCCGGGAUCUGCUGCACCUGCUGGCCUCUUCCAAGAGCUGCCCCUUGCCCUGGGCCAGGGGUCUGGAGACCUUGAAGAGACUGGAUGGGGUCCUGGAAGCCUCACUCUACUCCACAGAGGUGGUGGCCCUGAGCAGGCUGCAGAGGUGUCUGCAGGACAUGCUGCGGCAGCUGGACCUCAGCCCUGGGUGCUGAGGCACAGAAGGCUCUCUUACCCCAAGGGCCGAAGUUGAGGGACG